AUGGCUACGCAGAUGACUAUACCUAGCCUUUUCAACUCAUCUACCGUCCUUGCAGCCUCGCGGGCCCCUUCUUCCCUUUCUGUUCGUUCCUUUGUUUCUGGGUUAAAGGAGAGGCAAGAUGGGCUAUAUACUAACAAAGACAUUCACCAAUUCUUUAUAUUCACCUCCUCGCGACAGCGUGUUCCCCCUCGCGACGAUGUGGUCCCCUCCCGUCACGAGCGCGCGACGCAUUCACUCGCAACUCGUGAAGAGUCGACUGUUGUUACUAGGCCUCCAAAUAGAUCGGUAAGUUGUCCUACACGCCAUCUUGCCAACAACACUCCAGACCAGUCGCUCUCUACAGAUCUCCGAGUUCCCCAACUUGAACCUAGCAUCUGCCGAGACACUGUUGACACCCGCUCGAUUCGUCGCCUAUUCUUCGCAACGCAUUCUUUCAAAGCCGCAUUCAUGGCUAGCACUAACUCCUCCGCAGCAUCUCGCUAUCAUCAUGUCCAUCAUGAGGGAGAUGUAAAGUCUCUAGUUAGCCUGCUGCAGUCGGGCAAGAGAGACGGUCAUUGGAUGUACCGUGCCCUCGCACGGCAGGUGAUUGGCGAUCCAAGCAAACACCGGCACAUUCACGACGCUGUUCUGCAUUUCGCAAUCCGCGUACGAUCCAACCCCAGCUACCCUCUACAUCUUUCGUAUCUGGAGCGAGAAGCAUCCUUUCGACAGCAGAUAGGCAUGGACGUCUUCACCGUUCUCGACUGCCCCGACCUGGUCCCUGCCAACCCACACUUGUGCUGGAUCGUGGCGAGCGCUCUCAAGAUGCAAGUACGCAUCUACGCCUCGAUCACUCGUGAUGGGGAGCUUAGAGAGUUGCGCGGUGUUGCUGGAUCGUCCACGGCUCGAACUUCGCACGCACUGCUUCAGACACCAGCCAGUGGCCCUCUGGCAGUCCGCUACUCAGCUCUCCUGCUUGACGAAUCAGGCAAAGCACUCCUGGAACAUCUGGAAACUACGACGAAGCGAAUCAAGACCCAACCAAGAUUCGCCGUCUCCAAUCGGUCGUUUGCCGGCCUGCAGAUGCAACAGAUCAGUUGGUCGCUACAGAAAGUCAUUCCGCAGAAAGGAGCGCCUGAAAUGAGUCCGCAAACGACCAUCAAGUGCUUCAAUGGGUUUCGGGCCCACUCGAAGCCAGAAGAUGUGUCCGCUCCAAAGGACUUCUGCCGCAUGGAUACUUUCGUUACCGUCGUCAACGACCCAUUACACGUGAAGCCCGCUCUGGAGAUCUUCCUCAAGUCUGUAGAGCUUGCUCCUAAUCACAAGAGAGACGUCAAGGUCUCGUCGAGUGGCAAGCCUGGAAAGACGCUACCUCACGUCGCAGCUGACGCAGAGUUCGUCAUACUGCCCAAGGACCUCGUCGACGGCACAUCCAAGGAUCAGCAGAACCAGAUGAUCGCAGACGGCAAGGUAGAAGAGCUCAGCUCAGUUCUUACCUUGUCGGUUGGCAAAAACUGCUCUCUAGUUGUGAACAUCUUGCACAUGUUGGAGAACGCCAACGAGCACACAGUGCCAGCGCUGGAGCUUUUGCUCAAGAAAACCAUCUUCAACGCCAAGAUCAUGAAGCUCUGGUGGAACUUACAAUCGGACUUCUUUGUGCUCGAAAACACGAUCGCACACAUGUACCAGGGCACCAAGCGUGAGCCUUUCCUUUACCGACCGCAUCGGUGUCAGAACUUAAGCCCUCGAACGAUCACCCCAACCUUCCGGGUCAAGAAUCAGUACCUUAAUGGAGAGCGGCCGAAGCACAUGAUAUUUCCCAAGGGAGAUCGAAAAGACCGCUUGUAUCCAAUCUUGGAGCACAUGAAGGAUCAGGCCCCGUAUGGACAGCUGGCGAAAGACCGAUUCUACCAGAGCCUCGGCGACCCAGGGAUGGAGUUGAACGACGGUGUCAUGGCAUAUUUGACUGGAAACUGCUACGGUGUCAACAUGAUAUUCGAGCAGCUGUUCGCCCGAGACGAUUUGCAUUUCGUUGCGAGCCAGGUGUACUCCUGGGCACACGCUGAAUUUGCGCCAGAGUUCAUGAAGAAGGCACUUCCGCAAGGACCGCAAGACAUACCAGGUUCUAGGUCCAUCGGCAACCUCCCUUUGUUCGACGACUACCCCAAGACCUUCAAGCGAGAGGCUUUCUGCAAGGAAUAUGCGCAUUUGAGAGGUUACGACGUGCGGGAGAUGGACGACUCGGUCGUCGCAUCUGCCUUCCUUGCACCUUGGCAGCACGACGAGCGUGUCAAGAUCAACAGGUCUCUGGUGAAGAGUGGGAAACUGUCCCGAGCUGCUCCAUCGAAGUCGAUCUACGCACCGUUGGAGGAGGACGAUCAGAAGGGGGUUGAUCAGCAUAAAGCGGCUCUGCUUCAGCAGACGAUGGACCCUAUGGCGCUCUGGGUUCCCGCCACAUGCGCUAGGAUCUUCCAGGAGGACUACCCCGACCCGAUUGUUCGAGCUGGUACCACUUAUGCGGAGGCUCUGAUCGAGUUUCUGCAGUUUUCACGAUGCAAGGACGCUACACCACCUCCUGGAUUUGGCGCCGCUGUUGGAAGCGAGCACGGCUUACCAUCGUGGCUUGGGCGUGUGCGUGGAGCUGGCUUGAGCAACGCGCGCAACAUCUAUGAGGCCUUUCAGGUCAAGACCGGAUCCGGCGCUCUGCUUGGCGAACUCUCCACGACAUACCACCCCCCGCCAAUUAUCGACUCUGCUAAGCCAAACUACGCAGCCCUUGUAAGGCAAGCCCUAGACGAACAAAAGCGUCAGGGCAUCGAGAAGGUGGCAGUUCAGGCCGAGCAAGUCCGCGACAUUCUCCUCAAGAAUAUCGCAACAGAGGUGGAGCUCAACGCGAACCAAGGGCUUCCCAGUUUGACUCGCCUGACCGAUCUCAUGGAUCCAGAAGGCAGGGAGUACCGGCAGAGAGUCGAAGCCACUCCUGAGUGGAAUCGUCCUGAUUUGCAGUUCACUCCCACGGUCAAGGUAGACGGCGCUUGGAAGUCCGUGGCCACUGAGAUGUUGGCCGCGCUCGAUGCCAUGGAGAUCCCGCCGGUAGAGCAGGAGAAGGAAGAGACAGGAGAGAAGGAGCAGCCAGUGCCAACGCGAUCAUGGGCAGAGGUUGCGCGAGGAUCGAAGGUCGAAGCAACGCCGGCAUGGAACCGUCCUUCGCUACCUCCAUUCCCUGCGGCUGAGGAAGACGGGAGGUGGAUGUCGAAGGCGACGGAAAUGCUGGACGUCCUGCCAAAGGGCCUGUUCGCUUUUGGACGUGGCUAUCAGGCAGCUGGACAGGCAGGUCGACCUUUUAGACCCCCUUACUCCUACGCCAAGGUCAGCAACAAGGAAUGGGAUGCGGAGUCGAAAGAGGUCAGAAGGGUGUCGUCGCCUGGAGAAAUGUGA